AUGUCCUUUCCAUCAGAAUCAGUCGUUUCCGACAUCAACCUAGUGUCCAGCUUUCUUUCCUGCCCGCAGAUACCUUCGCUUCAGUCAGGCCCUCCCGUUGACGUGAUAGUCUUGUGCGCCAGUGCCGUCCUUGCCGUCGCCGACAAUGUAUUCUCAGCCUUGCAGUCUCGGCCGGGUCUCGCGAAAGUAUUGGUCCUUUGUGGUGGCAUUGGCCAUUCGACCGGAUUCCUGUACGAAGCCGUUGGUAAGAGCAAGAGAUACGGUUCGCUCGCAAACAAGGUCGAUGGCCUACCCGAAGCCGAUGUCCUCAACCUGAUACUCGAAGAGUUCUAUCCACGGCUCCGUGAACAAAUCAAGUCCAGUACUCUGAAGCUCCUCAUCGAGAACAAAUCUACCAAUUGUGGAGCCAAUGCCAUUGAAACCAGAAGGCUUCUCGAACAUCAUGAAACACCCCCUCCCAACUCCGUCAUCAUUGUUCAAGACCCUACAAUGUCUCUGCGCACUCUAGCAUCGUUCAAACACAGUUACGCGGAUGUCUCACCUCUGCCGACAUUUGCUGCCUGCCCAACUUUCGUCCCCGUCAUGUCAGUUUCACCAUCUGCUACCGCCGACCAAAGCAAAUCCAGUCUACAUUUCAGCGUCCCAGGUAUUCAGGAAUCAGAGCUUUGGGCUCAUGACCGCUUCUUCGAUCUAAUAAUGGGCGAGAUCCCGCGACUGAGAGACGAUGAACACGGCUACGGGCCCAAAGGCAAGGGGUAUAUUGCCUAUGUGGACAUACCGGCCGAAGUGGAAGACGCAUGGACGAGGCUCAAGGAUGUAUUAAAUUCCAACCGUUGA